GACGUCUCGCAGAGCCCUGGGCGAGGGUUUUGAUCCGUUUUGCCUGUGUUUACAACUCUGUAAAAGUGAUGGCUGGAGUUCCAGUUUCCUGUGCCCCAGGCACGGCCAUCUCUACUCCCCUGAGGCGACACCGAAUCCUCGGGAAGAUGUCCUACAGCUCGCGGCAACUGAGGCCGAAAGGGCUACGGGUGUUUUCCUCAGAUUCCGUUUGAGGACGCUCGGCCUCAGAGCCCCUCACCGACAGAGGCGUCGCCCCUACGUUGGCUCCUGGCCAGAAGCAUGGACCUCGGCACCCCUGACCUGCUGGACGCCUGGCUGGAGCCCCCGGAGGAUAUUUUCUCCACAGGCUCCUACCUGGAGCUGGGACUCCAGUGUCCUCCCCCAGAGGCCCCAGGGACCAGGCUACAGGAGCAGGGCCCACAAGGCUGGGAGUCUGGCGGGGACCAUGGCUGUGGCCUUCAGGAGAACGAGCCUGAAGACUGCCUGAGGAUUUUCAUCGAUCCCAAUGAGGUGUACUGCUCAGAGGCCUCUCCUGGCAGCGACAGUGGCAUUUCUGAGGACCCUGGCUGUUCAGACAGCCCCCCUGCCCCUCAAGCACCCAGUUCUCCUGCACUCUAUGAGGUUGUCUAUGAGGCAGGGGCCCUGGAGAGCACGCAGGGGGAAGCUGGCCCCACCGUAGGGCUCAUCUCCAUUCAGCUCGAUCAGUGGAGCCGACCAUUGAUGGCGCCUGAUGCCUGCAUGGUCAACAAGCUGCCCUUGGAUGGCCAGACCCACAUCCUGCCGAGAGCAGGCACCGUAGCCCCAGUGCCGCCUGAGACCCUGCUGCCAUGUCAACCGCUGUUCCUGACAGAUGAGGAGAAGCGGCUGCUGGGGCAGGAAGGGGUUUCUUUGCCCUCUCACCUGCCCCUCACCAAGGCAGAGGAGAGGGUCCUCAAGAAAGUCAGGAGGAAAAUCCGGAACAAGCAGUCAGCUCAGGACAGCCGGAGGCGGAAGAAAGAGUACAUCGAUGGCCUAGAGAGCAGGGUGGCAGCCUGUUCUGCACAGAACCAGGAACUACAGAAAAAAGUUCAAGAGCUGGAGAGGCACAAUAUCUCCUUGGUGGCUCAGCUCCGCCAGCUGCAGACACUCAUUGCUCAAACCUCCACCAAGGCUGCCCAGACCAGCACUUGUGUUGUGAUCCUUCUUUUUUCCCUGGCUCUCAUCAUCCUGCCCAGCUUCAGCCCCUUUCAAGGCCUACCAGAAGCUGGGCCUGAGGAUUACCAGGCUCAUGGAGUGAUUUCCCGAAACAUCCUGACCCACAAGGACAUGACAGAAGAUCUGGACACCCCAGUGGCAGAGUCCAGGCUGAGGGAGCCACCUGGAGCCAAGAGUGCCAAUGGCUCUGCGAGGACACUGCUUGAGAAGAUGGGAGGGAGGGGGGGGCCCAGGGGGCGUGCCACAGCAGUGCUACAUGCAGAUGAGAUGUGAGCCUGGCCCAGACCUUCCCUGUCCACUUCCCAAUCAGAAAGAGGCACCCAGGCUCUGGGGAGUUCAGGUGGCUCUGCCCUCAGGGGUGGGAAUCACUUUGUAACGCCUGGGAGACAUCCGCACCCUGAGGCCUGUAGCUUCUUCGAGGGGCACUGCAAAUACUCUCCUAAUGUAUGUGUGACUUUGUUUCUUCUUUAGGGAUAGGGUGGAGGGGAGAGAGAAGUUUUGACUAAGAAAUAAAAAACUG